UUAUUACUAAGGGGGAAAAAAACUACAUAUACAACAUGUGUGUGUAUGCCUAUAUAAUAGCUCAUGUUCUUGAUGUAAGAACUCGAACGAGAUAUAACAAAAAGAAUUUAGAAUACCUGGCUAGCUAAAGGAUAAGCAAUAUGGGGAAUUGUGGACUAAAGCCAAAAGUUUUGUCGGAAACUGGAGCUCCGGCGCCAGAGGAGCUUGAGAUUUCACUUCUUGAAGAUCAGAAGAUCGACGCUGCAAAAUCUCUUAUCAACCUGUUCCUUCAAGACAAGGCAGAUAAGACUAUGAAAGAGGACGAGAAGAUAACACCGGAAAAGAUACCGGUUACUGAAGUUCUGAAAACAGCUCUGGCUGAGGCAGAGUCUCCAGUUACAGAAAAGACAAAAAUUCCAGUGACGGGCCCAAAAUCUCCUGCUGAUGAUCUGAAGGUUGUGAAGGAAGAGGCCGUUCAUGGCCAGAAAGUGAUCGAUGAUGCGACUGUGAAAGAAAGAGAAACAGAGGCGAAGCCAGAGGAAGUCAGAGGAGAAGCACAAGCGCAGUGAAAUAAGCCCAAAACUUUUACAAGCUAGUUUCUGCGUUUGCGGUCUUGAUCCCAAUACGCUUUUCUUUUUGUUUAGCUUAUGUUUGUUCUUGAUUCUCAAAUGCAAACGCUUGGUUUCAUUACAUGAAAUGCAACGUCAUAUCUCAUUUACACGAUUCGUCAACAAAAAUAUUGUCAGUGAAAGAUGCUUUAAAAGCUAGUUCAUGCGUCUUGAUGAUAGCAAACGCUUGUUUUGGAUUUUUGUUUACUUGCAAGUUAGUUCUCA